GGCAUUACAGCACGUCGUGUGUUUCUGUUUACGUGCUGAUCUGGAGUCAGUUUGGUAGGACUUGGGUAUACAUCAAUUAUUUCAUUUAAAGUAUGCCUUUUAUUUAUACAAACUUUUGAAGUAAUUUGCUUGCAAAAUAAGUCUACCCAACCAGCGGAUAAAAAAUUCAACCCGAUUAAAAGUAGACAAAUUCCGGGAAGACCGUGGACCUGGCAACCCCAUGGAGGAAGAGUGGAGUAUGUGAAGUUUCCGCAUCAUGUGGAUUAAUUGACGCGGUCCAGCCACGAACGCUACUAACGCAAUGCAGUGUGUUAGCUUGCAGUGAUGUUAUUAACCGUAACCCCUGUAAAAUAAAUAAAUAACGCCAAUGUCGAACCCAUGUCAAUUUAACAUGUUGUAAUUUGUGUAAGUGUUAAACUUUCGCCAGAAAAAGUAGCUAACGUUAGUUCUUAACAAUCAUGGUGUAGUUACAAAGCAUGUAACUGAAGAAGUUAAUAUACCAUUUUUAAACUAGGCGAUCAGACCUGACGUUGUCUCUCUCGUUUAUGGCUCCUGUUGUUUUUUCUAUUUGCACACCAAAACCCGUGAAAACGUAUGUAUAAUAACACAUUUACGGCAUUGUUACACUUUGCGGUAGCCUGGUUAGUUGGUCAUAGCUAACUCUUGGUAUUAUUUUCAUUUCAUCACAGAAACGACAGGAGCCCCUCCUCACAUUCGUUCCCAUGGCAACAGAUAACAAACAUAUUCAAAAAUCAACCGUAGCCACGUUUACGAGUAAACGUAAACCAGCUAAGUUUAUAUGAAAAAAAAACGUUUACCUUGCAUUACGAGUCUUUAAAACAAUAAAAUAGAAAAGUUAGCAUUAAACAAACUUUAAUUCAGACUUCAUUCACCGUUGACCUGGACUCCAAUAACCGAGGACCAUGAGACUAGCAUCCAGUUCCACGACCUCGAGGAGCAGCUCUUAUACCCGCCGGUACCGCACAAAGGCGUCCACCUCCCAGGUGGACGAAACCCUGUUUGGGAGCCCAAAACCGAUAUCACCGGACAAGCCUGGAAACUCAGCCUCUAAGGCCAAGGACCAGUCCCAGAAGAACCAAGAAGCAGAGACUGUUCAAAUCAUCACCAAAGACCUCAUUCGCCAUCUCAGGAUCCCAUGGAAGGAUCCUUCAGGAGAGUCAAUCAUUCUUCCAUCAGCUGAGUUUAAGCGGAUCACCUCAACAUCCCGAGUUCUCACCAAGGACGAGAGGGAGUCCUUGAAGGAGGCUUAUCAGAGGAAGAAAGAAGAAGACAUUAAAGCUGCAGAAGAAACGAAGCGCCAAAUCUAUGAGGCAGACCUGUCCCGUAAAGGGAACCACGCACUGACUGAGCUUGAACUAGAGGCCCAGGACCAUGCACAGCACUUGGUGGAGCGGGCAAACGCCUUGAGGAUGGAGCAAGAGGAUGAGAUCAAAAAGCUCAACAAGCUGAUUCUGGAUGCUCAGUGCCAAGCCACCCGUGACGCCCAGAUCCAGGAGAAGAAACAGAUCCAGGUGGAGCUGUCAGAGGAGGAGAAGCGUCUGGAUGCCAUGAUGGAGGUGGCGCGCCGCAAGACCUUGGAGACCGUGGAGCAGAUUGAGGAGCUGCGCAAACAGCAGAGGAUCAGUGGAAUGCAGCAAAUUUACGACCAGAUCCAGCAACGUCUGGAGGAGAAGCAACUGCAAGACGAGACAAAAGAGCUGGAGAGACAGCAGAUAAGAGAGAACCAGGAGAGAUUGAACCUGGGAGACCUCAAGGCCCUGGAGAAGAAGAGGGAAGAGCAGCAGCGUCUGCGGGAGGAGGUCAUGCGUAUCAAUGCUGAGACCCUGCUUGCCAAGGAGCAGAGGAGAGAGGACGAGAAGCUGGCUGACAUGAGAGACAUGGAAUACAUCCGAAACAAAAUGGAGCGGGAGGCUGAAUACGAAGCAGAGCAGAGACGAAACAAGAAGGAGAAAGAGUUGGAGAUUGCCAGGCUGAGAGCCCAGCAAGAAAAAGCAAAGGACUACAAGGCAAAGCAGGAUUCGCUCCGUGCUCAGAGGAACCAAGAAAUUACAGACAGAGAAUGGAGGAGAAAAGAGAAAGAGCUGGCUGUAAAGAAAGUACAAGAGGAAGAGAUGCUGAGGGCGACUCGCUUGGAGCAAAUUCAGUGCAAAGAGCACUUCCUGUCCAUUGAGGCUGGCCGGGAGAAGGCAGAGUUUGAGAGGGUGCUGAAGGUGCAACAGGAAGGAAUAGUCAAACAGAUGGAGGAGGAGGAGAAGCAGCGCCAGAAAGCGCUGCGUCACUCAGAGUCCAUCCGACAACAGGUGAAGGAACGUGAGCUCUCAGCCAUAGCCAAGCGCAGAGAGAUCUUCAAGGAGUCUGAUCGGCUGAUCGAAGAAGCCCGGCAGAGACGUAUGCGCCUCAAUGAGAUUAAAGAGAAGAAGCUGAAGGAACUCAAGGCUACAGGGCUCUCUGAAAAGUACUGCAGUGACGUGGAAAGGAAGGCAAGGGACUGCAUACUCUGAUUCAUUCACAGCCAGAUUUAAAUGGUGUGAGGCCCUCAUCUGGUACGUCUAUCACGUUUUACAGGGUCUCUUUAAGAGGAAAGAAAACAUUUCAAAUACUGAUGUAACCUAAACGUAUACAAGAAUGUACUGAUAGAGGUUUCUGUUGCACUUUCAUUAUUGUUUAAUAAGCUUUUGAUCAUUAGAAUGCACGUUUUAGUAGUUUAUGCUAUGGCUCUGUGUGCGGAAGCAC